GGACGGCUGGGUAGUGACCCCCCCUCCAAGAGCGUGGCCUCAUCUGCAUCUGAAGUCCCAGGGGGAAGUCUGAGACCCAGCCCUGUGGCCCAGACGUGGGCUGUCUGGUACCUGGUGGACAGCCAUGGAGGGACAGACCCGAGGGAACAGAGACCUCACCGAGAAGCCCCUGCCUGCCGCCGCCGCCCCCCGUUUGUCCUCGCUGGGUGCCGUCUUCAUCCUCCUCAAGUCCGCACUGGGAGCCGGUCUGCUCAACUUCCCCUGGGCCCUCCACGAGGCGGGGGGCGCGCUGCCCACCUUCCUGGUGGUGCUGGUCUCCUUGGUCUUCCUGACCAGUGGGCUGGCUAUCCUGGGCUACGCGGCCUCCGUCAGUGGGCAGGACACCUACCAGGGUGUGGUCCGCGGGCUGUGCGGCCCCGCCCUGGGAAAGCUCUGCGAGGCCUGCUUCCUCCUCAACCUGCUCAUGAUCUCGGUGGCCUUCCUCAGGGUGAUCGGGGACCAGCUGGAGAAGGUGUGUGACUCCCUCGUGCUCGGGACCCCCCCGCCCUGGUACGCUGCCCAGCGCUUCACGCUGCCGCUGGUGGCCACACUGCUCAUCCUGCCCCUGUCGGCGCCCAGGGAGAUCGCGUUCCAGAAGUACACCAGCGUCCUGGGCACCUUGGCGGCGUGCUACCUGGCUCUGGUCGUCACAGUGCAGUAUUACCUCCGGCCUCAGGGUCUGCUGCGGGAGCCCCGUCCUUCGCCAAGCCCUUCCUCCUGGGCCUCUGCCUUCAGCGUCUUCCCUACCAUCUGCUUCGGGUUUCAGUGCCACGAGGCAGCCGUGUCCAUCUACUGCAGCAUGCGCCGGCAGAGCCUGUCCCACUGGGUCCUGGUCUCCGCGCUGUCCUUGCUGGCCUGCUGUCUCAUCUACUUGCUGACAGGGGUUUACGGCUUCCUGACCUUUGGGACGGAAGUAGCCUCUGACAUCUUGAUGUCCUACCCUGGCGACGAUAUGGCUGUGCUCGUGGCGCGUGUGCUCUUCGUGGUCUCCAUCGUGACCGUGUACCCCAUCGUGCUCUUCCUGGGGAGGUCUGUGAUGCAGGACAUCUGGAAGAGGACCUGGAGCUCCCAGGGUCCCCCCGUGCUGGCCGACCCCUCGGGGCCGUGGGUGCGGGUGCCGCUGACUGUCCUGUGGGUGGCCGUGACGCUGGCCAUGGCCCUGGUCCUGCCCGACCUCGGCCAGAUCACCGGCAUCAUCGGCGGCAUCAGCACCUUCUUCAUCUUCAUCUUCCCGGGUUUGUGUCUCAUCUGUGCCGUGGAUGUGGAGCCCAUGGGACCAGGAGUCAAGUGCUGCCUGGAGCUGUGGGGGGCGCUCUCCGUGCUCCUCGGCACCUUCCUCUUCGGGCACAGCACGGCCAUGGCUGUCUUGGAGCUCUUCUAG